AUGUCUCACACUAUUCAUUCGUUCAGUACAAAGAGCACCUAUGUCCUCGUCUUGGUAUUUCUGCGCAUUAUCACAUUCGCUUGCGCUUCUCCCGUAACGACAGAGGCCAAACUCUCUCUUGAUGGACCGCUGACCAAGCGAGUCAAGACAUCAUUCCCUUCAUUUCCCGAGGAUUAUAAUGGCAGAAUUCAGAAGGGGAAGUGGCUCAAGGAGCUCUUCCCACUCAACAAUGAACAGGCUCAGGAGUAUAACGGGGGAGCUUCUAUCAUCAGUCCGUUCAGGGAACCAGAGGAUAUGUUUGAAUGGGGAUGGACGCAGGAAAACGCACGCUGGCCCUUCAACCCCGCCAAGGAGUGGCCGCAAUUCAAAGACGACUUGGACGAAUCAUUCGCAGAUCCCGACUUUCCGGUCGACAGGGAGAAGGGAAUGGCCUAUCACGCAAUUCAUGACCGGAAGUUUCGUUAUACAGAUCUACGGGUCGGAGAUCCAACGGGAGGGCAUUAUACCAACGUCGUGAACGCGCCCUCAGGAGCUUUCAUCUUCGAUUCGAACUUUAGUCCAAAGUACACGCAGUCUCAAAAUAAGAAAGGAGACGUUCCCGAUCUCGAUACUCUAUCCGACUUUGCUUACUUUCAAUGGUGGCUCGGUUGUGAGGCAAUGGGCAUCGAAAUGACCAACCUCAAGCUCAUCUUCCAAGCGCAUAUUGUCUACGCAAAGACCUUCGACAUUGUUAUACAAGCAUUGCGCGAGGAAGGGCAUCAGAAUGUGCCUGGCUGGGAUGAACGGAUUACGUUCCAAUUGGAUUCAGACCCGGGGCUUGCUAUUCUCGGCAGCCCCAAUGGCGCUUCAACAGCCUGGAUGCUUUUGCAGCACAAGUACAGACUGGGGUUGAAGGCUAUCAAGGAGGUUACCGUGUGGGGAACGAAUGGAGGCUUCCAGUUGGAUGCACCUAUAAAGGAUACGAAGCUGAACUUGAGGUUUACAGUUGUAGACGCUUAG